GCCAUGCAAAACAAACCCAAAUUUCGGUUUUGUGCAACUUUUGCUUUGUAUUAGUAAGUAGGUUCGAAAGCGACUUGCUAAUGGCAGACGCAGUAACAGCCUGUCGGGUCUGUCUGGCGGGGGACGUGCGGUUGUUAACAAUCGCCGGCGCGCUCCAGCUGGUGUAUGAGAAGAUCACCAGCAAUGCACUGCACAGUGAGGGGAAGCCCGUGGCGGCGUGUUAUAUCUGCUACGCUCAGCUCGACAAGUGCCGCAAGUUGAUGCUGACUUGUGCAAUAGCAGAGAAUGUGCUGAAUGAUAUGUUGCACAGACACGCUGAGAUAACUAAAGGAACAAUAUCCCUGAUUGACCGCAAGGCUCACGGGCUGUGUGGAUCACUGACCUGCAGUGGAACUGUACAUCACAAUUAUGAUUUACCAGCCCCCAUGGUGAUCAAAACUGAGCCAGAGUCGGAUAUGGCCAACACUGAGCCAGUGAGGACCGAGGAGGAACCAGAGCAAGAUCCUCUGCAGCUAGACAACAUGUGUGACACGGAAUGGGCUUCUGAUGAAGAAGACCCCAUCAGUCUGUCGCAGCCGUGCAAUGCAGAGAUGGACACCCCAGAGCAAAAUGAGCGAGUGGAAGUGCAGACCUCGGGAGCUGCCAAACAGAAACAAGGUGACAGCAGUACAACCAACAGCAAACAGUACGAGUUUCGACUAGAGUCAACAACUCAGACUGCUCGGGGACGACACCAGUGUGAUGUUUGUCAGAAACAGUUUAGAUGUAAUGUGGAAAUAGUACGGCACAUGAGAACUCACACCGGUGAGAAACCAUUCCAAUGUAAUAUCUGUCGAAAACGAUUUAGACGAAAGCACCAUUUAAGAAGACACCUGGAGACUCAUGAUGAGAAAACACCACUUCAGUGUUAUAUUUGUAAGCACAGUUUUAAUCAAACUUCAGAUUUAUUAACGCACAUUUGUGAUGGUGAGAAACCCCGCCAACCUGUUAUCAGUAAAUCUGACAAAAGCAAGAAACGAUUUAAAUGCAACUCAUGUCAAUAUAAAAGUAGUCACAAAAUAGAUUUUACACGACACGUGAGAACUCACACCGGUGAGAAACCAUUUCAAUGUAAUAUUUGUGAUUAUCGUUGUAGUCACAAGUCUAACUUAGUGGCGCACGUCAAAUCUCACAAGGGGAAGACUCCAUUCCAAUGUAAACAUUGUGAUUUCCGGUCUUAUCAUAAGUCAAGUUUAACAGCUCAUAUUAUCAGAACGCAUCCUGGCGAGAAACCAUACCAAUGUGAGGUUUGUCAACACAAAUUUGUACAGAAGCAUCAUUUGUUAAAUCAUUUGAGAACUCACACCGGUGAGAAACCAUUUCAAUGUAUGGUAUGUGAUUAUCGUUGUAAACAGAAAUCUUAUUUAGUGACGCACAUAAGAACCCACACCGGUGAGAAGCCUUUCGAAUGCGACGUCUGUCAACAUCGGUUUGUUCGUAAGUAUCAGUUGCAGCUCCACAUGAAGACACACUAAGAAAACAGAUAAUUAAUCGGAUAUAUACGUUUACCUAUUUCGACUGCGAGCGCCAAUCACGAUCGAGGACCGCGAACAUUACCAAAUAAGGCGCGUUAUUUGCGCGUGUCACAGUAUAAGUAAAAGCAUACGCAUUGCCGCCAGCCCACAGUAUAAAUUAAUGCAGGGAACGACUUAUGUAUCGGUAACAAUUGACACAUCUAAAAAGGGUGUUCUUAAAGAGGUUUUCGUAUUAAUCACACGGACGCGACCUACGACUAUGUUUUAGAACCAAAACGGGCUGAAUGAAGGCCUACUCGCUUCGCUCACAAUGUCAAUAAAUGCGUAAGUAAGUUACCUCUUCAGUCUUCCUUCACGCUCUAUUUACUCGAAGCAAUAUUCCUGAAAUAUUGCGUACACUACAGACAAGGAUAAAAAAAUACAUUUCAUCCCGGAAGAAAAAAAGAAAUGUUGCCGUGGGUGGUCCACACAGGCGAAGUCGCGGGUAAAAGCUGAUAAAGACUGCACCUAGUAAUGCCGCCACCACAUUAUUGCGGACCAGUUCGCCGAAAUUUACGGGUUCAGCAUACGUUGCUGGUUUUUCAUUGCGGCAAAUAAAUGUCUCGUACGAACAACUCAAUGUUCAUGUAUUCGCGUCGGCAUGUGUCCGAAUUCGGUGAUAGUGUGCAUCCUUAAGUAUAACAAGUUGUUGCACUAAUAUCCGAGUGUUUAAUAUGCAAGCCCGGGCGGAUACGGACAACGUCGGUAGCGAGAAAUAAGAAUGAAUAAUUACUUGCAAGGCGAUAACACGCCGGUUGAAGGUAGAAAUCCGAUUGCCUUGGACGUAAAUUGGAUGUAAAUAAUACUAAUUAUAUUGUUACGGACUAGUGUUCUUGAUAAUUCGGAAUAACACGCCUGAUAACUCUUUGGAUCUUUAUUAUGUACACCACAUUAAUUAUUUCCACUAGUUAGUCUACAAUGUCCACUCUCAAUGUACUCAAGUCCGGUCGUAUCUCCGGAGUGUAUUUGUCUAUCUCCCUCUCUCCCAUUGCAACGUCUGACAAGGUGCAUAUGACUAUGUUGUUAAGUCACAUACAUAUGUAAAGCAAUGAAAAAAAAAAUCGCUGGUAGUCACUAUUUCUCACUUAUCACUUGGAUCGCUUAUAGCUCUUCCAAAAUAUAACUAAAUUUAUAUCCUUGUCCCCGUCUCGAAUAGUUCAGAAGGUCGUUGAAGACUCACGUAUAGUCGCGCAGGUAAUGAAUCAGGGACAUGAAUCACGAUUUGACGUACUACUUAGUUUCCUAAAUGUGUUUAUUUUUCAUUUAGCGGGUGUUGUAGUCAUGACAUUGUCUAUACUUAAGAUACUAGAUAUAGCAACACUGUCUGUAUUCCUCUUCCUGUAAUGGCUCCGAUAAUAGAAAUAAACUUUUAAUUAGGAGCACUGGUCCUAAUAUUUUUUUUUCCAAUAUUUCUCUAUAUGCAGCAUAUGUUCAUACAUUGUAAAAAUAAUAUAAAUGAAUAUUGACACCAUUUGUUGUGUUUGUUCCCAUUGUGUCACACCGCGAUUUUGUAACACGUCGGGAGUAAAACUCGUUGUGUCGCAGCAAUGUGACACAGUACUCAAUGGCGCUGAGUAUUCCCGCUCAGGAUCCGCUAUGGUUGCGUUUUCGAUAAAACAGGGGUUCUCGCCAUUGGACACUGUUUUUAAAUAACUGUCAAUAAGAAAUUGGCCAAGAGCGAGUCGGACUAGCUCACUCAUGUUCCGGAGAAACAAAAAACUUGUUUUGCAUGCGUGCCUAUACGGAUUUAUGUUAACUAAAUAUAGGUAUGCUAUACGGAACCCUUCGUUAGCAACUCCGGCUCGCUUCUGGUCGGUUAUAUCGGUAUUGCAAUGGCGAAAAAAUUUAGUUCGUUGUACCUAGUUGAGAAGGAAUGAAAAGGGUACUAUUAUAAUAAAACAAGAUUUAAUUCACA